UUCACUCAAACGCUUGGCGUCCUUCAAUAAAUAUAAAAAAAAAUUAUAUUUAUCUCGGUUUUACUAGUUAGAACAAUUUUUAAAAUACAAAAAAUUAAGCCUAAGCGCAUUUGUUGUGUAAAAUGGCCGAAUAUAAAGCGUUGUUCAAGUCACAAUCGAUUGUGCUAAGCCCGCGCAAUCACAAUAAACUAAACCGGGAUCGUCUACGCGUCGAACGAGCGAAAAAGCGCGAAGAACGCUUUCAAAGCAAUCGUAAAAUGGACAAAAGUCCUAGUCCAAACAAUAUGUUGGAGGAGCAACAGAAGCAGCCACAACAGAAAGAUCAGGCAGCCAACACAGCGCAGGGCAAUCAGGAGAAUCAAAAUCCCGUGAAUAAUAGCGAUGCACGCAAGCAAAUUUAUCUGCAGCGUUACAUCAAAUGGAAGGCGGAAAACAAGCAAAAGGCGGCGCCCCUAGAAACUAGACAAGCGGCUGCGACAACGACAGCCGAGGUGUUUGUGCCGCCCAAGCGACGCUCUCUGUACGUUGUGCUCGACACCAAGACCAAUAAGACAACGGAAUUCAAAGCGGAGAAAAUCCUUGCAUUGGAGCAGCCGCCAGCAAAGGUGAAGCCUACUGUGAAGCCCAUUCAAGUGCCCACAGUAAAACCUAAAGGAGUACCCACAGCAAAGCCCAUUCAAGUGCCCGCAGCGAAGCCCAUUCAAGUGGCCACAGUGAAACCCAUUCGACAGCUGACAGCAACAAAGGCAUCGGCUAUUGUUGUGAACAAACCCAAGCCAGCAGUUGCGGCAGCAGUGAAGAAACCAUGGCAACAGACUGGAGCAGUCGUGAAGCAGCAGCCUCUGGCCACAGCUAGGCAACCGCAGCCUCUCAAGAAGCCACUGUCCGUUGUAAGGAAACCCGUAACGCGCCCAACACCAGCUCCAGCUACAGCUCUAGGAGCCACAACUGCAAUAAAGGCUAGCAAGCCCACUAACUUGAUGACGCAGCCAUUUGAGAGGCCCACAAAUGCAGCGAAGAUUGUAAAGCCGCUACGUGGAGGUGGCGUCGGAGGAGGAGGCGGUGCUGCUGGUAAAUUCAAGACUACCGCGCCAAUCAGAACACAAAGAAGUCAAGCACUCGCCGAUCUUUCCACGCGCAUGAAGGUGAAGAAAGAAGUGCCUGUGCAUAACAAACAAAAGAUGAUUGAAAAGCGUGCGAACUUUAAGCAGGAGCUACUGCAAAUCGCCUCGGAGGAGCAACUGCCCGACACACCAAUAGAUAUUCUGGGCACUGAGAAUCCAUUUCAGGCGCAAGCCACAUCGACACAGUGCAGAAGCAACAACUGCAGUCAGAAUCUUUUGGAGGCAUAUCGUGAUAUCACCCAGCUGAGUCCAGUCUCAGUUAAUGAACAACCUAAAACAGUCAAACGGCAAUUGAUUCCACCAGCCACGAAACAGCAGCCAGAGGCUGCGCCUAAACCGGAGGAAAAAACAAAGAAGAGAUUCAAUUUUGUGCGCUACUCCGAGGCCAAUUCCCUAAUAGAAUCGCCAACUCUGGAAGCGCAAAGCACGCUGAUACCUCAAGAAUCGGAUUGCCCUGCUGAGGACAAGACAAUUGUGGCACAAACGCCGCCGCCAUCAUCUGCACGUCCCAACUAUCUGAGUCCCUAUGUGAGCGUGUCGCGUGGCAAAGUCAAUUCACACACGGAGCGCCAGAAGCGCAACAGCAUGUAUCUGCAGGAUGAAAAGCAACCAGAAACACCAGUGGCAGUGCGUCGCACUCUGGAGUCGGUGCACUACUUUCGCAUGCAGCUGGAUAGUGAGAUUAGACGAUUGCACGCGUUGUGCGAUGAAUGGGAUUCGUACAGCGGACAGCAUGAGGAACGUUUGGCGGAAUCGGGUGGCAAGGAUAUGAUUGAUGCUGCCAUUGGACAGACAAAGCUCUUGACAAGCAAGAAACUAAUGCAGUUUAGCAGCCUCAUCGAUCGCUGCGAAGCGGGUGCAACGGGUGUUGGACUGCGACCCAACGAUGGCAGCGAGGCCACCAAACCGGUGAUGGCCGAGGACUUGGAGGGCUGGUGGGAUAUGAUGCGAUUGCAGAGCGAUAAUGUGGAUAAGCGUUUCAAUAAUUUGACACGCUGGAAAGCCAACGAUUGGCAGGAUCCCGAUGCCAUUGCCGAAGCACCCAAGCCCAAGACGAAGGCAAAGGCCAAGCCUAAAGUGGCAGCCAAGGCGAGCAGCAAUAUAAAGAGUUUUCUACGCAAAGCACUGGCCGAAAAACGCAAGGCAGACGCAGCGGCCUCAGAUCAGCAAACGACGAGUGUUGAAACACCGAAGAAACGCAUAAUUGUAGUGCGCGAUCGUAAAUCCUUUUCGCCUGCUCGCACCGUGCUGCGUCUCUCUGUUGGAAGCUCUGGACGGAGAUCGGGUGGCAGCAGCGGACGUCCAUCAAUUGGCGGAAACACCUUGUUGAAAUCUGCUCUUUUGGGGGCGGCAGCCGCUGAGCAGAAAGCACGAGAAGCGACGCCGCCAUCGCCACCGGCGCCGCUGCCUGUUGCGACACCAAAGCAACGUAUGUCCAUCUUGAAGACGCCGGGAACCAAGAAACGUGAAUCUGGGAUACGCGGCGUCGUUUUCAGUGCCAAGAAGAAAGUGCGUCGCUUUCAGUUUACAGUCGAGGAGGGCAAUGUGAGUAGCGAUGAUGAUGACAAAACGGUCCACGGCGUCGACAAGCUGGAAGAUUGCGAGGAGGACAUGUCAAUGGAGAAGAGUUCGUCGCUAAGCAAUCGGACCAUUCAAAACUUGAAUGCAGCGGAAGCAGCAACGCCGGAGGGUGCAUUACGCACGUGUGUGCUGCGCAGUCGAAGGGUUCGAAUGAGGCCGUCGUCUGAGUUUAUGUAAAAUUUUUACAAAAUGUCGCUUUUAGAUUUGAAAAAUGUGUGUUAAGACUUUUGUUUAUUUAUAAUUGGAAAUGUGUUUGCA